AUGUCUACCUUGUCGCAACGGAUAAGAACUUGGUCAGCGAGCCAUUCAGAAGCAGCCAAGCCCCCGUCCGAGGGUGACGUUGGAAAAGAACAGGACCUGCCGCAGCUAGUGCAUGAUGUGCAGUUGGAAGCUACACAGCAAGCAAAGUUAUUCGAUGCUCAGAUACACAAGAUGAAGAAAGAACGUCGGUUCUUCGUCAAAGCUCGUUUCCUGUUCCCUCUUGGAAUCAUACUUGGAAUAUUACUAGGCUUCAUCCUCGUCCAGCCUUCAGACUUGCAAGAUAUUCACAGCAACCUGCUUCUCAUCAUGGAAGAGUACGACAUCUCGCUCAAAAUACCAGACAUUGAUCUAUCGCGUGUCGAAUUAGAAUGGAGACGUUUUCGGAACAAUAUCCCGGAGGUUUGGAAGCUGAACAAUGACGGACGCGAGUUUCAGGUCGGGGAGGCGAUGAAGGCGCGAGGCUUGACGGCGCACUAUCCCAUCGUGCUCAUUCCUGGCAUCGUAUCCACCGGUUUGGAAUCUUGGUCUACUUCACCCGAGUAUCGAGCUUUCUUCCGCGAAAAACUCUGGGGAGGCUUCAAUAUGGUCUCACAAGUGAUCUUCAAUCGUGAAAAGUGGAUUUCAGCGAUGAUGCUCGAUCCCGUCACCGGUCUUGACCCUCCGGGUGUCAAAAUUCGAGCUGCAGAAGGGGUAGGUGCUGCAAGUAGCUUUAUGACCGGGUAUUGGCUUUGGUCCAAGAUCGUGGAGAAUCUUGCUGUAGUAAACUAUGACACGAACAAUCUUCACUUAGCUCCAUAUGACUGGAGGCUCUCCAUGUCCAAUCUGGAAGAACGAGACGGGUACUUCUCGAAGUUGAAAGCUACAAUAGAAGGGUUCAAGGCACGACAAGGCAAGAAGACCGUCAUUGCUGCGCACUCAAUGGGUAGUACAGUCAUGCUGGUCCCAGAUAUACUUGGUUGCUUCAAAUGGGUCGAGUCUCCCGAACACGGAGGCGGUGGAUCAGAUUGGGUAGAGAAUCAUAUCGAGUCCUACAUUACCAUCGCAGGGACACAUCUUGGCGUGGCAAAAGCUAUGGCUGCUUUCUUGUCUGGUGAAAUGAAGGAUACAGUGCAGAUGAAUCCUGCUGGCGCAUACGUGCUCGAACGCUUUUUCUCGCGAAAGGAGCGGCAGAAGCUAUUCUGUAGUUGGGCUGGCAGUGCCAGCAUGUGGAUUAAGGGAGGAACGGAUGUUUGGGGCGAUGCCAACUGGGCACCUGAUGACGAGCCCGGAUCAUCACAUACUCAUGGCGAGCUGAUUGCGUUCAGACAAGCAUCCGUGCCACUUUCUGCGCAUAGCAUUACCCCAAGUGUGGAACCAACAAAGAACAUGACGGCUGAUGACGCAAGCACGUGGAUUUUGGAGCGUACUCCUUCAACAUUCCAGAAAAUGUUAUGGACCAACUACUCGUUCGGUAUCGAGCGGAAUGAACAGGUGCUCAAGAAGAACGCCCUAGAUCCGAGGAAAUGGACAAACCCUUUGGAAGUGCAGCUGCCAAAUGCGCCUUCUAUGAGGAUCAUCUGUGUUUACGGUCAUGGAAAAGAAACUGAAAGAUCAUACUGGUAUGCUCACGGACCACACGAAUACGAAGAAUCGUUUGUAGAGGUUGAGCAUUCGACUUGCACCGACCCUACCGACAAAUGCAAUUAUGCACGCCCACCAUCAGAUAUGUCAUUUUCCAGGGCGAACAGGAUAGAUGCUGAUUACACGCAAGAGACCACAACGCCCAAGGUGCGCAAUGGCGUAAAGAUGGGUGAAGGGGAUGGCACCGUCAGCCUAUUGAGCCUGGGAGCGAUGUGUGCAGAAGGCUGGAAGAGACCAAGAUGGAAUCCGGGAGGAAUAAAAGUCACCACUGUUGAGCUCCCUCAUCAACCCGCCCCCAACAUCCCUCGGGGUGGAGCAAAUACUUCAGAUCAUGUUGACAUCCUUGGGUCGACAGGUCUGAAUGAGCUCAUACUAAAAGUUGCCACUGGUGCUGGUAAUGAGAUCGAGGAUCGCUUUGUCUCUCGCAUUAGGGAGUUUGCUCAGAGAGUGCGGUGGGAUUGA